AUGAGAACCCGCUCCUCUGGAAAGUCGGAAUACUUAUGCCUUCCGUUGGCCAAGCCUACGCGUGCCUCCAAGAGGCGAAAGUUUUUCCAGAGUCCCCAGGGCGCAGGGGGUGCCACCUCCUCCAUCAACAAGAUAUUCGACAGCUAUCGAGACUCUCCGGAUGACAACCCCGAUGGCAUCGGCAUUGAAGGAGCGAUGAAAUUCCUCGGCGAUAUCCAAGUGCAACUAGACGAAGUGACAUGUCUCGGCAUUGCAGAACUUCUGAAAUCACCGUCUAUGGGCGAGUUUACUAGAGAGGGAUUCUUGAAUGGAUGGAGGGCUGUCGGGUAA